CGCUAGCCAGCGCAGCGCAACGCAGCCGCAGCGGAGCGGAGGAGCGCACACAGCAGGCCAUGGGCAAAUCAGCUUCCAAACAGUUUAAUAACGAGGUCCUGAAGGCCCACAACGAGUACCGGGCCCAGCACGGUGUCCCGCCCCUGAAGCUUUGUAAGAAGCUCAACCGGGAAGCCCAGCAGUAUUCGGAGGCCCUGGCCAGCACGAGAAUUCUCAAGCACAGCCCAGAGUCCAGUCGUGGCCAGUGUGGAGAGAACCUUGCGUGGGCGUCCUAUGAUCAGACAGGAAAGGAUGUGGCCGAUAGGUGGUACAGCGAAAUCAAGAGCUACAACUUCCAGCAGCCUGGUUUCACUUCAGGGACUGGGCACUUUACAGCCAUGGUAUGGAAGAAUACCAAGAAGAUAGGCGUGGGGAAGGCAUCUGCGAGUGACGGGUCCUCCUUUGUGGUGGCUAGAUACUUCCCAGCAGGGAAUAUUGUCAACCAGGGCUUCUUCGAAGAGAAUGUCCCACCUCCAAAGAAGUAGCUCUCGCCAGCAAGUGUAACGAGAUGGAGAUGCAUAUAUGAAGUGCCUAUAGAACCACAAAAGCACCAGCGAGUGUCUGUCCCCGUGGGUGUGUGUAUUUAUGUGUUUACCUGUGAGCAUCUCUCGUGACAGCUACACCUGAGUACCUUCUGAUUGAAGGAUGGCCAUCUGAAACAUUUGUCCAGAGGGCUAGCUAACCACAAUUGGGUAAGAUUAGUUCUGAAAUCUUUUUUCUGUUUUUGUUUGGUUGGGGUUUUGUUUGUUUGUUUUGCUUUUAUUUUUGUUUUGUUUUGUUUUUUCAAGGCAGGGUUUCUCGGUGUAGCCUUGGCUGUCCUAGAAUUUGCUCUGCAGACCAGGCUGGCAGAGAUGCACCUGCCUGUGCCUCCCAAGUGUGGGAUUAAAGGCAUGAGCCACCACUGCCUGGUUUUUGUUUUUGCUUUUUAAAGCAGACUUCAUUUGAAACUUUCUUCCUUCUAAUAUCCAUCCUUGGGCUUUGAGGAUUCUGAAUAUUUGCCAUUCUCAGAAGUGAGGUCCUUUCCUAGGCCCUUCCUGCACUGUAAUCUUCUUGUGGUAGAUACUGAAGGGAUCGACACGUCCUUUAGGUGUGACAUAAAGCAGCUAGUGUUAAAAACAUUUGGCCAGCUGCAUCUCACAGGACCAGUGAGAUCUCUCAUUCUCAGUUGGAAGACAUGAUAUCAUCCUGCAUCCUCCAGGAUUCCCUAAUAGAACUGCCAAAGAGCAAAUGGAGAUGGAAAAAAGAGCCUUACAUUCUUGAAGUUUUUCAACCUUUAAAGAGCAAAUACCACAGCCACUAGCACCUCUCACACCUCAUAUGUGGGUUGUUUGUUUGUUCGUUUGUUUUUGUUUUUUGUUUUUAAGUUUCAUUGCUCACAGCCCUACUCUGGCUCCUGGGGGGUGGGGUUAGGUCUGGAAUGCAGCCCCGCCCCCCUAUUCCCCCAGUCAUCUCGGGUGACCCUCACUCUGUCUGGGCUCUUGGCCAAGGCCUUGGACUAUGAUGAAGUCAAUAGAGCAGAGGUGAGGGUGAGCUUCCCUGGAGGAAGCCCCAAAGCCUCUGUCCUUCCCCAACUCUGCAGGCGGUGACCACCCAGGCCUGUCCCCAGCAGCUGUGGCUACAGCUGCGCCUUGGCUUCCUCCCGGAAUGUGUGACAAGCCCAGAUGCUCCCGGGAGGAGGCCCAAACAAGGAGAUUAGGAACGCUAAUUUGAUCCUGUGUUUUGCCUCAAACUAUACACAGUUUCCUCUGAAAAAACUGAUUUAACCACGUCUGCCAGGGAGGGAUCAAGCCAGAGGUUCAAUUGUGGAUCCCUGAAAUGGUGGUAUCCCCUCCUGCAAGGAGAUAAAAGGGUUGUUGGCCUAAUGACAGCAAGGCUGGCUGGUCUUUGUUACACUGUGAACAGUCCCACACUGCGCCACUUGGUUCAUCCAGGGAUAGCAACAAACAAACGAGACAAUAAAAUCCUUUCCUUUUUGUGUAA